AUGACCAAAUGUGCAGUGGGAAAACCUAAAAUUAGGGAUAAUUCUGGGUCCAAUACCCUAUUGCAACCGCCCAAGAUAGCCCCUAUUCUUAGCUACCAAAAUGAUAUAGUGUUGGUCGAAGAAACUAGUCAAGAGGCUAAUACUAAAUUCGAAGAAUGGAUGACAAAUAGUGGGGAGAUUAAUGGAUAUGUUACACAUCAUACACAAUCCAAUUGGCAUAAGUGGCGAGCAGCCACUGGAGUGUUAUGUGAUCAAAAGUUAUCGAUUAGACUGAAAGAUGAUACAGUGUUGGUCGAAGAAACUAGUCAAGAGGCUAAUACUAAAUUCGAAGAAUGGAUGACAAACAGUGGGGAGAUUAAUGGAUAUGUUACACAUCAUACACAAUCCAAUUGGCAUAAGUGGCGAGCAGCUACUGGAGUGUUAUGUGAUAGAAAGUUAUCGAUUAGACUGAAAGACUUUCAUUAUGUGAACUAUUGA